UCGCCCCGCCCCUCUUGUCUUCGAUCAGCUGAGAGAUCGCGGUCGGCGCUGUGUUGUUUCUGUUUGUGUUUUGUUUCCUGCGGUCACUGCGAUCGACGAGUUUUGCCUGUACGAACGCGUCACAGUCCAAUUUUUUUACCGUAUUUAUUAUUCAGACACAAUGUUCCAUAACUUAACACGUUACGUCAUCGAUCAAUGGUUACCACAAACGACGUCAUCAACAGCGGCCGAAGGGGUCGAAAGCAACACAACAACAUCCUCAAGACUGACUUCCGCCGAAGCGGAAGACGACUGGGUACUGGUGGACCGCCGGUCCGACGACAGCGAGGGUAACUCCAAGUCCAGCUCGUUGGAGAGUCUGAACCUGGAGCAGGAGGAUGACGAUGACGACGGUCUCAUCGUGGUGGAACGAAGUCCCGACCGAGUCGUCGUCGUCAACACCGGCUCGCUUCCAGUACCUGCGCUACUCACACGUACCAAUUCAGUGCCCCGGGUCACCACCACCACCUCCAUGGAGGAGUCGUGGUUCCUCACACCGCCUCCGUGCUUCAUCUCCACGGGACCGGUGCACAUGGAGACGUCACCGUUGGAGAACCUCCUCAUCGAGCAUCCGAGCAUGAGUGUGUACACGCACCAUGGUCGGAGAUACAAUCAUUUCGAGGAGGUGGAGGCCGAACCCGAGGAGGUGGAGGUGGUGGUGGCGGUGGAGGAAGCUGGGGAUAGUGAUGAUGAAGGCGCCGUUUUAGUGCACAGGGCGCCACGUGUUAAUAGGGUCCAUGUGCUGCAGCAGCAGGAGCGCCAAGGGGUCAAGAGCAAGCACGCCCAAAAGAUCCAGAUCCAGAAAUCGUGCAAGUUUGUCACCCGCAGCACUCUGGACCGUACCAAUAAGGCUCGUGAAGUAAACAGUCGCAAUCGCCGACAAAGACGUGGGGAACGUUCCCAGGGCGCUAAACGUUCCUACGCCAACAAUAACCGCAAGUGCUAAACUUGUGCACGCAAAAAAAUGAUCUCAACAAAAUCGCAACUUUUCGGUACCACUGACGUGUAUCAUGAAUUUUCUUAUAUAUACUAUAUAUUGCAAUGGUUUUCUCUUUAAUUCAGCGCAAGGGGAAUAUUGAUUAAAACACCCUUCGAGUUGUGUCUCUGUUUUUUUUUAAUUAUUAUGUUUUGUUAGUUUUAUGGAAGAAAAUCGGAGAAAAACCACCAAAGCACCGUGUUGUGUUCAACGGACGGAUACCGAACUGUACCAACUGUUGCGACCAAAAAAAAAUAUUUAAUUUAAUGUUCGUCUUUCAUAGUUUUUUUUUUAUUUUAUUUUAUUUAUGUCGCAUCAAAGUGAGAAAACGAACCAAAGUCGGGCAUUAUUUCUUGUUCGUUUUCUUCGCACACUUGAUGCGAAACGAUUGUACAUAUUAUACAGAGAUAUAGUCUAUUUUUAUUGUAAUUGAUUACGUUUAGUGAGAAAAAUUAUUUUUGUUGGUUUUUUUCAAAUCCGGGCUCAGUUUUCGAAAAAACAAUAAACAACUAGCUAGAGUCAAUUAGAAACAAUACAACAACAACAACAAAAAAACAACACCUACUUGGUUGUUUGAAUUCGUCCAAUUUUUCGAAUACUUAGCUUCGAUUCCCAUUACUGGAUUUAUAGUUCUGACUAAAACUAUUUUUUAUAAACUUGCUACACUCAAACAGACAAAAUCCAGUAAAAUUCUUUGUUAUGUACUCAUCAAGAAAAAAAGGCAUCCUCACAUCAAAUAAACCGUAAUGCCUUUUCAAAUAAUAAUAAUAAUAACACUUAAUUUUAGGCCUUUAUUCUCGAGUCACACUACUGUAUUUUAAACCUAGAUAAAGGCUUCAAGAAGGUAAAGAAAGAAAGAAAAAAAUUGUGUGCACCUCUUUUACCAAGUAUUAAAAAAUGACAAUUCAGUUUUGUUUUUUUUUGUUUGAUUGUGACGACGAGUGUCUGCUGUUUUAUUCUUAUAGGUUUGAUGAAUAAUCUAAAUUUCUAAGUGGUAUGUAAAUAUGGAGCACGACUAGAUGGUAGUUACUAAAAAUGUAUGCAUCUUAGGGAGUUUUAUUCCAGUUUGUAAGUGUUCAAAGAGUGUAAUCUAUUAAAAUAAUGCGCUAAUGUUCAUUUUUACUAUUAUGAAGUGCAAACAAAUUGCGUGAAAGGCAAAGAAAAUGUUAUAAAAAGUUGAAAACAAUAAAAUUAAUUACGUUAAAA